UAUGGUGCGAAGUUGUAAAUAAAUAAGUACAAGUGGUCAAUAUGUGGUCCUUUUUUUCGCGUGAUCCUACCAAAGACUUCCCUUAUGAGGUGGGAGAGCCUGUGCGAGGGUUGGAGGAUAGGAGUGUGUGGACUUUACACAAGGGCAAAAAAAGAGGUACCCAGGAUGAGGUAUCGAUAUUUUUGUUUGAUGUUCAGAAAAAUUCUGAGACUCUCUUCGACAUUGCAAAAGCCUCGUUGAAAAAGCUGAAGACAAUGAGACACCCUAGCCUUUUACAUUACUUAGAUAGUUGUGAAACUGAGAAAUUUUUGUAUGUAGCCACAGAGUAUGUGGAACCUUUAACUACCCAUAUAGAAGAUAUGAAAAUGGAGGGCCAACAGCGGGAUCUGUUCCUGGCCUGGGGAAUUUUCCAAAUUACUAGAGCACUAUCAUUCCUAAACAAUGAUGGUAACAUGAAACAUAACAAUGUCUGUCUCUACUCUGUGUUUGUAACUCUCGCUGGUGAGUGGAAACUUGGAGGUUUUGAGUUUCUGACUUCCCAUGGCCAAGAGGGUUCAAAUCCAAUACCUAUUAAGAUUCUUCCUGCACUUGAAAUCUAUGAUCCACCUGAGAAAAAGGAUAGUAGCAAAUUGAAGUCUAUUACUAAGUGCUCAACAGAUAUGUGGGGCUUAGGUUGUCUGAUGUGGGAGGCCUUCAAUGGCCCUUUGAAAAACCAGCCAGCACUCAAGACUGUGGACAACAUCCCAAAGCAACUUUGUACUCUAUAUUGUGAACUUGUUAGUGCCAAUCCUGCAUCAAGGCCAAACCCAGCUGAUAUUAUUACUAGGUGUCGCAAAAUUGGUAGUUAUUUCAAAAAUGAUCUCAUAGAUACCAUGCUGUUUCUGGAAGAAAUUCAGAUUAAAGAUAAAGUGGAAAAGGGGAAGUUUUUCUCCACUCUUAGCAAUCACUUGGAUAACUUCCCUGAGGCUGUGUGUGUUCAUAAAAUUCUACCACAAUUGAUGACUGCUUUUCAUUAUGGAGACGCUGGAUCAGCAGUAUUGGCGCCAAUGUUUAAGCUGGGUAAGCUCUUGGACGAGGCCGAUUAUCAAAAGCAGAUAGUUCCAUGUGUGGUGAAACUCUUCGCAUCUAACGACCGCACUACGCGCUCGCGAUUGUUGCAGCAGCUAGACCAAUUCAUCAUGCAUCUGCAGAAUGCCACUGUAAACGACCAAAUUUUCCCGCAAGUGGUUCACGGAUUUCUGGACACGAAUCCCAUAAUCAGGGAGCAAACAGUGAAGUCUAUAGUCCACCUCGCACCAAAGCUCAAUUAUAAUAACCUGAAUGUGGAAGUGUUAAAACAUUUUGCGCGGCUGCAGUCCAAGGAUGACCAGGGUGGUAUCAGGACCAACACAACAGUCUGCUUAGGCAAGAUAGCAGCGCAUCUACACCCUCAAAUUCGACAAAAAGUCCUUGUGUCAGCUUUCGUUAGAGCAACUCGAGACGCUUUCCCUCCAGCGCGACAAGCAGGUGUCCUUGCUUUGGCUGCUACUCAACAAUACUUUUUACUGGCCGAAGUGGCCGUUAGAGUUCUGCCUGCACUUUGCCCUUUAACUGCAGACCCUGAAAAGCAGGUACGCGACGCCGCUUUUAGAACUAUCAAAGGCUUCCUCGGCAAGUUGGAGAAGGUUUCAGAAGACCCUAGCUUGAAAGAAGGAAUGGAGGCGGACGUACACACUGCUACACCGUCUUUGAGCAACGCCGCCGCAACUUGGGCAGGCUGGGCGGUGACCGCCGUGACCGCGAAGUUCUACCGCUCGCACUCGGACACCGCUCGAGUACAGCAUCCUACUAAAUCUGCGCUAUCGAAACCGGGAUCACUAGAGCAACCUUCAUCGAGUAGCAUGUCUACGACUACUUCAUCUGUGACCUCGAUGACGUCAUUGGAGCAUAGCGAGUCCGCCUCCGAUUAUGACCCUGACCAUUGGGACAUGACUGCAUGGGGAGAAAUUGAUUCAAGUGCAGGCGCAAGUGCGAAAUCGCCACCCAGCAGUGGUAGUGCUCAGCCUAAUACGCCCGGGCUUACCGCACUCUGCGAAGAUGAAUGGGACAACGACGAGUGGGGCACACUGCAAGAGCAGCCGUCAGCAGAAGCUGAACUCGCGAGUCCAUCAGAAACGUGGAACAAUGCACAAUGGGCAGAUCCGGCAGUGAACCGGCCUAACGCUACUUACGUCCGAGGAACUACUUCUACGACUACCCGCGAACAUAGACUGGCUGCACCUCAGAACAGUAAUGAUUCUUUGGGCGGAUGGGAAGAUGGAGAGUUUGAACCUAUCGAGGAAGAUGUGGAGGAAAACAAUACCUCAAAAAUGGACGAAAUGCGUCGGAAACGCGAAGAAAGAAAACUGCAGAGGCAAAGAGAAAUGGAGGCCAGGCGCUCCGCCCGCGGGCAAGGACCCAUGAAGUUGGGCUCCAAGCUCACUACAGCGCCACCGCCCUUCUAGUCCACGGAGUAGGUUUAUGUUCUAUAUGAUAAUGUGAGUGUAUUCCAAUUCUUGUAUGAAGUCCCUUGAACCUACUAUAUCGUAUCAUUAACAAAAUACAUUUGUACAUUCUUCAAGAGUUACUUUUCUAAUGCCUGAAAAGUCUACAAUUACAUUAGAAGCAAAUUCUGAUAUAAAGUAAAAAAUAUAAUAUCGUCUGCUUAAAUGUAAAACCACAUAAGUGACAUUUUCCACAAAAAGUCUUUAAUUUAUAUAGCUCUUGUAAGAAAAUCCUAUCUUUCUGUAGAUAAAACUAUUAGGGCGCAUAUAUUUGACACGAAUUUCAUCACGUUCACCCCGCGCGGUCGCCGAGCGGAGUCCGCGCUAGUUUUAUUCAGUGGAAUUCAAAUGUUGUGUUGCCUAGUAAAUAGAAUUCAGAUUCGCCAUUAACGUACAUGAAGGCGUGGUAACUGGGCGGAGACCGCGCGAAAACUUUCUCCUCGUGUAACUGGGCGCUUAUUAUGUUUAUAGCUA